AUGCUUAACGAUAGCGAUACCUCGAAACGAAAAGCGGACGGUUAUGCGCUUAAGCUCUCUCCGAAUGGCGCCAGUGAUACCACAGUCCCUGCCGCGCCGCCCUCGCCUCAAUUGAAGGCCGCGGCAGAGAAGAAGAAGAAGGCAGAUGCGCCGGGGUUUAUUGCUGCGGCUGCACACGCCUCGAUCCCAACAUGGGCUAACAUGGCAUUGAUGGUGUCGCUUAUUUUCGGAGGAUGCUGUGCGAACGUCUUCGCUCUCGAGGCUAUUAUCAAAGAACAGCCUACAGCUGGUCCCCUAAUCACCUUCGCACAAUUCGUCCUAUGCGCCAUCUUCACACUCCCUCAUUUCCUGUCCUUCUCCGCAGGUCCACGGGCUCUAUUUCUCAGCCCACGUGUCAUUCCCCUCCGAUCAUGGGUCAUCUAUACUUCGUUCUUUGUGACGGUCAAUAUGUUGAACAAUUGGGCAUUUGCAUAUAAGAUCUCCGUGCCACUUCAUAUCAUUCUCCGAUCCGGCGGUCCGGUAGCAUCUAUGAUUGUUGGAUACAUUUUCAACGGUAAACGCUAUUCGCGGGGCCAGAUUCUUGCCGUCGCAAUGUUGACAAUGGGCGUUGUUGCCGCUGCGUUAGCAGAUGCGCAAGCCAAGGGCAAAUCCAUCGAGAUCUCGGGCGAGGAUACAGCUAUGAUGGCCACCGCUACAGGCUUUACGAUUCUUGCUUUGGCUAUGAUUCUGUCUGCAUUCCAGGGGAUUUAUGCUGAUCGAUUAUAUGCGACUUACGGCCGAGAUCAUUGGAAAGAAGCCUUGUUCUAUUCGCAUACGCUUUCUCUGCCUCUCUUCUUGACUAGCUAUCCGCAGUUGUCUUCGCAGUGGAGGGUGGUAUCUUCGACUCCAUCGCUUCUCUCGACAUUCCCACAGGGAGGAGCGGAGGGGUCAGUCGCGUCUACGAUGGGUAAUACGGCGGUUUCUGUCCUGGCGACGGUUCAAAAACAUGCGCCUAUUCAGUCGGCACUUGAUCGACUCCCUGUUCAAGUGGCAUUUCUGAUUAUGAAUGCUCUGACGCAAUACCUGUGUAUUCGGGGUGUCCACCUGCUCUCUGCGAAAUCCUCAUCCUUAACAGUGACAGUCGUCUUGAACAUCCGCAAGUUGGUCUCUCUCUUGUUGUCAAUUUACCUCUUUGGGAACGACUUGGGAUCGGGUAUUCUUGUCGGCGCAGUGCUAGUCUUUGUUGGCGGUGGUUUAUACGGGUUCGAAGGUGCACGACUUCGGAACACGACGAAGAAGGCCUAG